GGUGGAGGUGGUCUGAUGGCUGGCUGUGUCGUGUGUCUGGUGGAUGAUUGUCUCUUGGGUGUCAACAAUGCCGUCGCUGGCACCUCCAACCUUCUGCGACCAUCGAAGGAAACAGCCGGCGGUCGCGGCCGGCUCAAAGCGGGGGCUCUGAGCGCGGCGCUGAUUGGGCAAUGCGUGUCCAAGCCCUCGAUCACCAACUUCAUCGUCAAGCGCCCCUGGUUGAAGCGCUGGAUGACCCCUCUCGCCAACUGGUACACCGACGCCGCCGGCUACAGAAAGUUGGGCCUGAGGUCCCACUCUGCANGAGCCGACGACCUGAUCCCUGAGGAGUCCGAGACCGUCCUCCUCGCCCUCAAGCGUCUCCCGCCCAAGGAGGCCUACGACCGUGUCUUCCGCAUGCGCCGCGCUUUCCAGUGCUCCAUCUCACACCAGCUUCUCCCCAAGAACGAGCAGACCAAGCCCGAGGAGGUGCGUCCCCAACAACACACCCGUCCUUUUUCUCGAAGCACACUUCUAGGAGAAUUGAAGAGCCAAUUGCUUACACACACUGCAGNNGAUGUCCCAUACUUGAGCCCCAUCAUCAAGGAGAUCGAGUCCGAGAGAAGAGAGAGAAUGGACCUCGAUGCCAUGGUCAUCAAGAAAUAA